CCGCGUUCCGAUUGUUGUGAUGAAAAGUGCCCCAGCGUCUGUGGGUACAAGUGGUGUGCGGAUUUAUCACAGGAAAUGGGAAGUUUGUUAACACAAGCAACUCCAUAAACAUUGAGAUGGCGUCAAUCUUCUAAAAUAUUGAAGCGUACAAACUGGCUUGAAGAAAGGGAUUCAGAAUUGGAUUUCAAAAUAUUUUUGAUUGCUAGCAGUAGCAAGUUCAAAUUCAUUGUAAAGCAUAAAGUUUUGUGAUGCAACAUCCCAGGAAAUUAGGAUGCCUCUUAUUGAACAUUUGUAACAAAUCAUUGAAGACAUCAAGAUUUUACAAGUCGCAGCGAAAUGUUUCGUUUUCUAACCAAUCUGAGAAGGUCGAGGCUAAAGCAGAGUUCUCAAAUGGAAGGUUGUUGCUCCUAGAAACAGGAGAGUAUGCACGUCUUGCAGAUGGUGCUGUAUUAGCCACAGUAGGUGAUACAUCUGUUUUGGUGACAGCUGUAAGUAAAAAUCGAAAUGGGCCUCAUCCUGGUUUCAUGCCGUUAACUGUAGACUAUCGUCAAAAAUAUGCAGCAGCUGGACGCAUCCCUUCAAAUUACCUAAGGAGAGAGUUAGCUCCUACAGAUAAAGAAAUUCUUACUGGUAGAAUCAUUGGUUCUUCCUCCAUGGCAACUGUGUGUGGUGGUAGCUUGGCCCUUAUGGAUGCCGGAGUCAACAUUUCAUCACCAGCGGCUGGUGUUGCCAUUGGCCUUGUAACGCGUUACAAUAAGAAACAAAUUGAAAAUUAUAAGCUACUAACGGAUAUAUUGGGUAUAGAAGAUUAUAUGGGAGAUAUGGACUUCAAAAUUGCUGGGACUCGAAAAGGAAUAACAGCUCUCCAGGCAGACAUAAAAGUUCCUGGCAUAACCCUCAAAAUAGUAAUGGAAGCAUUACAAAGAGCAACUGAUGCCAAGUCAGCUAUCCUCACCAUUAUGAACGAUUCCCUGGCCAAGCCACGUACUUCAAAGGACAACUUACCUGUUUUAGAAAAAUUAACAGUACCACCUCAUAAGCGGAGUAGAAUUCUAGGAGUUGGUGGUUUGAAUAUAAGAAAAAUUCAAGCAGAAACAGGGGUUCAGCUUACGUGGGAGGAUACUAGCAUUUUGGUAAUCUUUGCUCCAAAUCACUCGGCCAUGGAAGAAGCUCAGGAGGUGCUGAAGGAGAUGCUCAAGGAUGAAGAGCCCACAUUAGAGUUUGGUAGCAUAUAUACUGCAACCAUUGUUGAACUGCGCCCACAGGGGGUAAUGGUCACGCUGUAUGAUAACAUGCAUCCUGUUUUGCUGCAUAAUUCACAGCUGGAUACUCGAAAGAUUCAACAUCCAAGUGCCCUAGAUUUAAGUGUUGGUCAACAGAUAAAGGUAAAGUAUUUUGGGCGGGACCCUGCCACAGGACAAAUGAGAUUAUCCCGGCGAGCUAUACAGGCUUCUACAAAUGCUGUGAAAAAUCUUCAUAAAUCAGAAUCUGUUGAAGUAUAAUUUUUUAAAAUUUUGUAAAUAAAAUUAAUUAUUAUAUA